CGUCGAGGAGAUCAAGAAUGCAGCUGCAGCUGAUGGGCAUAUCCUCGAGAUUUCGUGAUACAGCAAACUUGUAAUCUCAAAGAUUCCACUUUCAACACGUUGCGUACUUUGCGUGCUGUUACAACUUGCAGUCAGUUGACAGGGGGCAUAUAGCGAUACAUAGCUACAUAUCCGAUACAAAUUAGCAAUCGGCAGGGGGGAACAACUAUAGCUGCACUAUUUCCUACAUUCCCAUCAAACGUUCUCGACUAUUCAGGAUCAUUCUGCAAGCUAUCCAUCAAGAUCUCGACAGCCUGGUCACCGCAUAGUCUUCUGAACAUAUUCCUCCUGGAAAAGUUCGGCUGUGUUUAUAGGCAUGGCCGGUUAUCUCACCGAUAAACAACGGGAUGAUCUCAAUAAGGCCGUCCUAUUCUAUCUCCAUGCUUCGGGUAAUGACUCGGCUUUCGAAGCCUUGAAAUUCGAAUCGAACAACGAAGAGCUACAACUAGACGAUCCCCAAAACAAACGAUAUCAAGGGUUGUUGGAGAAGAAGUGGACCAGCUUGAUCAGGCUACAGAAGAAGAUUCAAGAUCUAGAAACAAGGAAUGCGGUAUUGGAGCAAGAGUUGACACUUCCGCGGGCAUCAGGCUCGAAUUCCAAGGCCAGCGCCCUCUGGAUACCUCGAGUACCUCAGCGUCACACACUUAUGGGACAUCGAUCCCCCAUCUCCAAAGUCGUCUUUCAUCCCACCUUCAAUAUACUAGCUAGUGCGAGCGAGGAUUCGACCAUCAAGAUCUGGGAUUGGGAGACCGGCGAGUGUGAGCGAACACUGAAGGGCCAUACGAAGGCGGUCAUGGACUUGGAUUUUGACGCCAAGGGGGGGUUGCUGGUCUCCUGCUCAAAUGACCUUUCGCUGAAGAUCUGGGACACGAAUAACGAAUACAAAAAUAUAAAGACAUUACAUGGUCAUGACCAUUCGGUUACUUCCGUCAAGUUCGUGUCGAACGGAGACUUUCUUGUCACUGCAAGCCGUGAUAAGACGAUACGUAUAUGGGAGGUGUCAACAGGCUACUGCAUAAGGACCCUAUGGGGUCAUGACGAGUGGGUACGGAGCGUCGUACCGUCAGGGGAUGGGAAAUGGCUGCUAUCGGCAUCGAGUGACCAGACGGCAAGAAUCUGGGAUCGAAACGAAGGAGAUGCAAAAAUGGUGCUGCGUGGACACGAACAUGUCGUCGAGUGCGCGGAGUUUGCGCCGGUCGCAGCAUAUGCUUCAAUCCGAAAGCUAGCUGGUUUAACCGCUGCGGCAGGUGACGAUCGAGCCAAAAGCGACGGUUGCUUUGUGGUCACUGGGUCUAGGGACAAGACGAUUCGGCUGUGGGACGUUCUCACGGGUCAAUGCCUAAAGGUAUUCAUGGGUCACGACAACUGGAUCCGGGCCAUGACAUUCCACCCGAGUGGCAAGUUUCUCCUCUCGGCGUCUGACGACAAGACGAUCCGAAUAUGGGAUCUCGAGCAGGGGAAAAUGACCAAGACGAUCGACGCGCAUGAACAUUUUGUGUCCACCAUGGCCUGGGGACGGACAAAGUAUGCAGGUGCAGCUGGAGAAGGUCCAGUCGACGGAAAGGACAAGGCAGCUACCACUGAGCGCCGGGUCAACGUGUUGGCGACGGGCUCGGUCGACCGGACGAUCAGGAUCUGGGCGCCUUGAGUUGAUCGUACUAUUCAUCCUUGCCUGCCAGCAUUGUUCAGCUUCACCACAUCCCUUCGAUUUCCCUCAUCUAUGGCCCUUUCGCAUGGAUGCGAAAGUCGUUGCCGACUUUCAUUUUCACUCGCCAAUCCACCACUCUACUCUACCACGUCUGUUCACCUCUCUUAAUCUAGUUGCCUUUCCUGACGCCGUGUAACGACCCGUUAAUGACCUCACGAGCAUGAACAGCAUCCACCCCUUUUUCUGUUUGAUCGGUUCCUUCUUGUUGUUGUUGUUAUUUGGCCCUCGGGGCGACGCGUCCCCACAACAUUUCAU